AUGAGACAAGAACUAUUAGCAUGUGGGUUAGCAGAGGAUGGGCAAUUGGGCCUGCGUCUUAGUGACUCGACGUACCUCGCUAUUCCUGAACAUAUUGUUGGUGGUCCCAGCGGAGCUUACGGUUCCACUGUUAAAUCUGUUGCUUGUGGUGAGAAGCAUACAUUACUACUUGCGGAGAAUGGACAGGUAUGGUGUGUCGGAAGCAAUGAGUAUGGUCAGCUCGGUCGAGGAAGCCAGAAUAGCGGUAGCUACACUAUCUAUCCUGUUAGUAUUACAGUUGGAGCUAAAGCAAUACAGAUAGCAGCAGGGCGUUAUCAUUCUUUAGCAGUAUUCGAGGAUGGCCGUUUGUAUUCAUGGGGUAGUAAUGAACAUGGUCAACUCGGUUUGGGUAGUGGAUCACACAUAUGUGCUUCUCCAAAACGUGUUGCUCAAUUGACUGAAGUUGUGCAAGUAGCCGCUGGACAAGAUCAAUGCAUAGCUUUAACAGAAAAUGGAACUGUAUGGGUUUGGGGACAACAAGGAGAUGGAUUAAUAUAUUAUAGCCCUGUUGUUAUUACUUCCUUGCAAGCUGCUCCUAUAGUGAGAGUGUGUGCCGGUGGUAGACACUAUCUAGCACUCACUUCUUCGGGAACCGUGUUUUCCUGGGGAGCAAAUGAUUAUGGUCAGCUUGGAUUAGGAGAUCUGAAACCACACAAUAAACCAGAAGUCAUCGAAUCAGUUGUAAGCAUGAAGGUUUGUGAAUUAGCUGCUGGAUAUUCACAUUCCCUGCUACUCACUAAAGAUGGAACUUUGUUUGCUUUUGGUUCGGACAGUUUUGGUCAACUCGGUUUGGGACGCCGAACUGAAAGGCAAAGUGUUCCGGUAGCCGUAACAGAGCUCAUGGGCAGUUCUAUAGUUCGGAUUGCUUGUGGAAGAUGUCAUUCAGCAGUAGUCAUUGAUGGUAAACUAUACCCUUUUGGAUUGAACACUUCUGGACAGUUGGGAAAUGGAUCAACUACUAAUAAAGUGACUCCAUGCCAAACCGACUCCUUGAGGAAUGUAUCUAAGUUAUUUGCGGGAUGGGAUCAAAUGUUUUUAAUAAGAUCCAGUGAAGAUUUGUCAUGUGUUCCGGGACCUAGCGCACCUGUGCAAGAACCACGUUUUCUUUCACAUCAGCUUAUAAUGGAGUACAUAUCCAAAGGAGAAAAAGUUAAUCUCAUUGGUGAGCUGGAGUCUGCUUUCAGUUCAAUCAGUGCUCUCAACGGAUCUUUCCUCUAUUCUGAUGAACGAAGGUUCCCAGCAAGAGAGGGUUAUGUGCAUAGUGGAGUUGACUUAGACGCUGUGAUGGAAAGUUUUAAUGCUAUCGCGGAAUCCAGAGAUUCGAGCUCUUAUACUGAACUGCUGAAGCAAUGGAUGAAAGAAUGUAUGAAAACUGGUGAGCAAUCAGCAAUUUACAACUGUGCCGAAUCUAUUCGUAUAUUUCUAAUACUACCUUGGCUCAAUUUCUUAACAGAAAAUGUGAAAAUGGAUGUUGUUCUGGAUUCUAUAAUUCCAUUCGCAGGCCUAUACCUUAACUUGAGUGAUUCAUACAAAAUGCUCUUGAAAAAGUGGUGGACGAAGCUUCCUGCACGCAACUUCAAUCGAAUAGUUACUGUUUUGAUUUCUGGUGUUCGUUGUAUGGUUCUCAUCAACAAAACACCGGAUUUAUGCAUUAAAAUGCUGCUAGUGCUAGAAGAACUGUUUGAACUCAAUAGAGCGAAUAAGAUCUUGCGGUACGAAAGUUUUUACAUUACUGAGCUAGCAGACAAAGUCGACAUACGAAUUGACUACAUAAAUUGGAUCAGCUCUAAGAACUCCGGAAACGGGCAAGUUUUUUGGGUCCAGUUUCCUUUCCUUCUCAAUGGCGUUGCUAAAGCAGAUUUGAUUCAUGUCGACUGUCUGAUUCAGCAGAAGAUAAUGGUUGAUCAAGUGAAUCUGAUUUAUCAAGGACCUUUGAGACUUUACUUCCGACAGCCUUUCGCAACUAUUAACGUGCGGAGGGAUCAUAUUGUGUAUGAUACUAUGCUCUGGAUGAGCCGACAAUCUGAACUGAAUGAGUUCAGGAAGCCGCUCAAAAUUCAAUUCGUUGGAGAAGAAGGAGAGGAUGCUGGAGGUAUUAAGAAGGAGUUUUUCAUUCUACUUUUUCAACAAAUACUAGACUUCUUAAGCUAUGGAAUGUUUGUUGAGGAUACUGAUUCACAUCUUGUUUGGUUCAGCGGAUAUGAUAUACAAGAGAACAUGAACUUCCAGCUUCUAGGCGUUUUGUUCGGCAUGGCUGUAUACAAUGACGUAUUAGUUCCUUUCCCCUUCCCUCUCGCUCUUUACAAAAUGAUUCUGAAUCAACCUACUACUCUGGAAGAUUUAACGGAGUUGAGUCCCGUCGAAGGUCGCAGCUUGCAACAACUGUUAGAUUAUGAAGGAGAUGAUUUCGAGGAAGUUUUCUGUCUGAACUUCACCAUAACUCUUAAUACUCUGAGCUCCAUCGCUACUGUUCCACUCAAAACGAACGGAGAGAACCUAACUGUAACCCAGGAUAAUAAGCAGGAAUAUGUCCGACUCUACGUGAGGUAUCGCUUAGAGAUCGGUGCCAACAGCAAGAUUGAGGAGCAAGUUGCAGCUUUUCGAGAAGGCUUUGGGCAAUUGUUGAACAUACGACUACUUCUUCUAUUCCAGCCAAAUGAGCUCAUGGAAGCAGUGAUCGGUAAUGAAAACUACGACUGGACGGAGUUUAGAAAUUGCGUGACUUACAAAAAUGAACUCAACCCUCAGCAUCCUGUUGUUCUCGCGUUCUGGAAAGCUUUCUUCAAACUUACUUUGGAUGAGCGGAAGAUGUUCAUGAGGUUCCUGAUGGGAUCACCUAGACUACCUGUUCGAGGGCUUGAAGGAAUAACAAUAAUCAUCCAACCUUGCGCGGAACAUUUACUACCAGUAGCCCAUACCUGUGCCAAUUUAUUAGAGAUACCAAAAAUUACCGAUGCCGAUGAAAUGUAUCGUCGCCUUCUACUUAGUAUUCAACACACUGAAGGAUUCACACUGGUUUAG